ACCUAAAUUUGUACCUUGCUUACGACCGUGAAACAUCCGCAUCUUUCCGUCUCUGCGUCGACAUUUCUUCUUUUGGUUUUUUCUCUCCGUCUCAAACUUCUCAAGUUGUUUUUUUUUUUUUGGAAUUUGAAUUUCGAGUUUUAAUAAAAUGAAAUAUCAUUUUCUCGGAGACAUGGAGUGCCCGUCGUGGCUUCUUGAGGAAAUUUGCACGAACUUUUCGAAUUUGACUGUGCUCAAAUUCAAGGAGCUCUGCAAUCGAGCAUCACAUUUGGUUCUCUGUGGACACGACAAGCCAAUACUUUCGGAUACUUCAGAAGGAAUCAAUUCUGUUAAUAAUCACACGAAUCUCGUUUUAAUCGGAAACUGGCUUCUGCUAAAACCUGCUGGCUAUGAUUGCCCAUCAACAGAUCUUGAGAAAGAAGUCGUUCAACUCGGAUUGCCACCAGAGCACGGAAUUCAACUCCGUAAAGUCUACGAAAAUUACAAAUCAGAAUUGAGGGAGAAAGUUUGCAGUUCUGUUUACAGAGAGCCCCAUGCAACCAUCAUCGACGCCUCCCCGUCCUCUAUCACAUUCCAAGCUGACACACAAAUGUAUGAUGUUUCGAUGAGUGGAAGCAUGAUGAACCAGCUUAAAAAUGAUGUCGAAAAUGCACUCUCAAAAAUGAAAGACUUUGCCGAGACUCUUCCAAUGACCAACUGAAAAACUACGUUCCUCUUCUAAAUUAAUUGUAAAUAAAUGUUUUAACUU